CACAUUUUGGAGUGGCGCCAUGACAGUGAGGGGGGUCGCCUUGGUGUAAGACGGGAAUCAAGAUCAUGCAGAAGUUCACCCCGAUCUUGUUGUUUGGGAUUAUUAUAAUAGGAGGGGUCAAUUUUUCAGUCAGGUUAACCUUAGUUUCAGGUACGGACGCUGAGUUGAUACCAAAAUGCAGCUACCACCACUGGCCUGAUCACGUGAUCGCUACUACUGAGAUCGAGACCCACGACACUACCAUAUUAACGAACAUAAAAACGACUUUUGACUGCCAGGCGGAAUGCAGUAAAAAUCCAAGUUGCAAAGCAUUUUCCCACAUCAGCAGUACCGAUGAAUGCAUAUGGAGGUCAUCACGUGACUACAACAUGAUUGACGUCAAAUUUUCGGGUGAGACGGGGAUGCCUGGAAUACCUGACCCGGGGUCGGGGUUGGCAAGCGGAGUGAAAGAAGACUGUGAUGGGACGUAUGUGGUUAUUGGAGAACUCCAGUUAUCUAACGUGACGACCGUGAGGUGCCCUGAUGGUUAUUUUGCCCUAAGUUGUCAAUGUUUCACAGAGGAUGACAGCGGCGAAUGUUCACCCAGACUACGCUUUAGCUCCAACCACCCGGGGGUUGCAUUUUGCUAUGCGUACUACGCUGGAAAAAAAGUUGGCAAAAUCCCCCCCGGCAAAGCCAAGUCGCAGAAAAAAAUAAAGGCAGUGGUCACGUGUGCAGAAAGGAACCCUGUCACAGAAUACAACUAUACAAAGUUUUCUGACAGGGUAAACAGACAGAACCCUAUCACAGAAUACAGCUAUACAGAAUUUACUGAAAGAGUAAACGGAACGGAUCCAGAGAGCUCACUGAGGCCAUCUAUUGGCUGCCCAGAGCACUUCGUCGCCCCUCGGAUAGUCGGCUGCACGGUCUAUUCUGAAGACAUAGACAAAAAACUUGGCGCUCCCCGACCAUUAAUUGACAACAUAGAUGUCACCUGCACCCCAGAUCGAAACGUCACUGACGACACUGACGUCUUACUCAGCAUCAUUGUGGCGUGCAGUAAUGAGGUCUUUCCGUGGAGCACGUGGUCGCACUGCUCACCAGAGGACAGCACUGCAACGAGAACCCGAGAGUACGCGAAACCGGUUCCCGGAAGCUAUGGCAUGGAAACCCAAUCACGCCCUUGUCAAGCGUGCGACCCAACGGCUGACAUUGUAUUUCUAUUGGACGGCAGUGGGAGUCUGAAACAUAAACAUUUUGACGUUCUGAAUAAUUUCGUCAAACUGGCCGUACAAACGCUACCAUUUGGUGAAGACAAGAUACGAUACGGCCUGAUCCAGUUCUCCUCCAACGCCAAUGUGGAAUUCCAUCUCAACACAACACUUGAUUUCGAAACGCUCAUCCAAAAUAUAGACAAGAUUCCCUACAAGAGAGGACUCACCAAUUCAGAUACUGCGUUGAACUCGCUGCUAAACGAUAUCCUCCAGGAAGAAAACGGCGAUCGACCUGAUGUGCAAGACGUGGCCGUGCUCGUUAUAGACGGUGGUUCCACAGAUCCCGAGGCUACCGCUAUUGCUGCUGACUUGGUUCACAAUGCCAACGUCACAGUUAUUGCCAUAGGUGUUGCCGAUUAUAAUAUGACCGAGUUACAGUACAUAGCGUCAGAGCCGGUCAAUGAGACCGUUUUGGCCGUGGACUUGUUUAGUGAGCUGAAGGACAAGACGCGCCAAUUCAGAGACAUGAUCUGUCGCGCGACUGUUGAGGGCUGGGUUGACGAGGAAAUGGCAGAGCUGGUAUUGCCUACAGUCACUGAUUUCCUGUGUUCACUCACCCUGAUCUUCAACUGUCUACCUGUCUCACCAAUGUAA